AUGGACCUGAUCCGCGCUCUGGUCAACGAAAUCACUCAUAUGGACAGGAAGUCCUUGAUAUUCGUGGAUCUAGAAGGUAUCAAUCUCUCGCGCCACGUAUCAGUGGCGAUCAUGCAGGUCCUCGUGCCGCCAAAUCCUGCGGUGUACCUGAUCGAUAUCCAUGUACUGCAGAAAGAGGCAUUUACCGCAGCCACAGACGAUGGCGAGACUUUGGGUGGUAUCCUUGAGUCCGAUACCUACGCUAAGGUGUUUUUCGACAUGCGCAAUGACUCGGACGCUCUCUACAGCCAUUUCGAUAUCCGCCUUCAGGGAGUCAUUGACCUCCAGCUAAUCGAAUUCGCCGCUCGCCCUAAGCGUGGUCGCUUCCUGAAGGGCCUUUCGAAAUGCAUCACAGAAAGCCGAGUCCUGUCAAUAGCACAGGCAAAAGAGUGGGAAAAAAGCAAGGACAGUGGUGUGUGCCUGUUCGCCCCCGAGCGUGGAGGAACAUACGAAGUAUUCUUGAGACGACCUCUCUCAGUCGUACUGCAGAGAUAUUGUGCCGGGGAUGUAUUAAAAUUGCCACGCCUGCUACAGGUGUACGCUGCCCGUCUCCCAGCUCAUCUCGUGGGUCAGGUCAGUGCCGAAGCUCUAUGCCGAGUUGCACUCUCACAAAGCAUCGACUUCAACGGCAAGGGAAAGCACAUGGCAUUAGGCCCAAAUUUCACUUGGCAGCGCACCGGUCAUCAGACCCCUGUCGAUUUUCCUAUGAGCUUGGUCUGCUCGCCUGGACUCAAUGAACGCUGCAGACUUGGGGGCACCGCAACGGCUCUCACCUUGCCCUUGCCGGAUACCACUUCCGUCAGUGCAGUCGAACGCCAGCCAGGACAGACAGCAGAUGAAGUCACUGAGAUGACGCACCAACUGCAGGGGGUGAAUAUUGGUGCAGACGAUUGUCGGAGCCUUGGAUCAGCUUCCACACAGCACUAUGACAAUAGCAAUGAAGAUCAUGCCUCUGAGAAUGAUUUGUCGAUUGCAAGCGCCCUCGAGCGGAUGAUGGCCACGGCCGAUGGCAUUGAAUCAAUAUCAAGCUUGCCAUUUCGAACCAUGGCGAUCUCGCCGUCUGAUGACGAUGCUGCCAAAGACUUCACCGCUUGUAGUGGGGAUGAUUGCGGCUGGUGUGGCCAUUGUACCUACUGA